AUAAUUCGCAGGAACAGAAACAACUGAAACCUCUCUCUCUCUCUCUCAAUUCCCAACCGCAUAAACCUCUCCUUUUUCUCAACAACUGAAAUCUCUCUCUCUCUCUCUCUCUCUCUCUCUCUCUCUCUCUCUCUCUGUGACAGAGAAAUACAGAAAUUAAAAAGAAAAUGCCAGGGCUGAGAGCUCCGUCUGAUUAUUCAGAAGAACCCCCUCGCCAUCCUUCCCUUAAAAUCAAUGCCAAGGAGCCUUUUAAUGCUGAGCCGCCACGAUCUGCUUUGAUUUUAUCGUACAUUACUCCUGUGGAUAUGUUCUACAAGCGAAAUCAUGGCCCAAUUCCAAUAAUCGAUGACAUCGAGAGCUAUCGUGUUUCUAUCAAUGGCUUGGUGGAAAAUCCAAUACAGCUAUCUAUGGAUGACAUCAGGAAACUUCCUAAAUACAAUGUAACCGCUACUUUACAGUGUGCAGGUAACAGAAGGACAGCAAUGAGUAAAACGAGAACAGUUAAAGGUGUUGGUUGGGAUGUUGCUGCUCUUGGAAAUGCAACCUGGGGAGGAGCCAAAUUAUCCGAUGUCCUGGAACUUGUUGGUAUAUGUGAACUCACAUCAGUUUCAUCAUUAGGAGGAAAGCAUGUCGAGUUUACCAGUGUCGAUAGGUGUAAAGAGGAAAAUGGUGGUCCUUACAAGGCGUCAAUUCCUUUAGGCCGGGCAACAAAUCCUGAUGCUGAUGUUUUACUUGCAUAUGAAAUGAACGGAGAGGUUAUCAAUCGUGACCAUGGGUAUCCAUUGCGUGUUGUCGUUCCUGGUAUUAUUGGUGCACGCUCUGUGAAAUGGUUGGAUUCCAUCAGCAUAAUUGCAGAAGAAUGCCAGGGCUUCUUUAUGCAAAGGGACUACAAGAUGUUUCCACCUUCAGUUAAUUGGGAAAAUAUCAACUGGGCUACCAGGAGGCCUCAAAUGGAUUUCCCUGUUCAGUGUGCUAUUUGUUCCUUGGAGGAUAUGUCGGUUGUAAAGCAAGGAAAGAUCAGCAUUUGUGGAUAUGCAGUAUCUGGAGGCGGCCGCGGCAUAGAGAGGGUGGAUGUUUCUGUUGAUGGUGGCAAGACUUGGAUGGAAGCUUAUAAAUAUCAGAAAAGCGGUGUUCCUUAUGUCCCAGAAGAUACAAGCAGUGACAAAUGGGCAUGGGUUUUGUUCAAGGUUGAGGCUGACAUAUUGCCAAACGCUGAGAUAAUUGCCAAAGCGGUUGAUACAGCAGCGAAUGUCCAGCCUGAGAAUGUAGAUGUCAUAUGGAAUCUGAGAGGUAUACUCAAUACUUCAUGGCACCGAGUCCACGUCCGGGACGCCUCGCAAGUCGCACACUCCAAUCUGUAAAUCCAAGACCUAAGGUACGUCUUGGCUUUGAAUAGAGUGCACAGGGGCUGCCUUUUGAUGGUUUUAGCUUUUGGGUUUUUCUAGACUGAAGAAUAACAUGUAGAUAGAUGGUGGCUUGAAACUUGAAGAUGUGCUGUGGGAAUUUGAGGGUGGUUUGAAAAUUCUGGUUAUGAAGUA